AUGCCUAGCAAGGCCCAGCAGGCAGAGGCCAGUGCGCUUCUUAAGCAAUUACGAGAUGAUAUCGGCAACAACUUGCUCGAUGACAAGGUCCACACGCAAGCUCUGGAGGGACUGAAGGUUCUCGGGAGGGAUGCAGGAAAUGUUGCAAACAUAUAUGAUAAAUGCGGCAUCGAGACACUGGGACACUACGCUUUCGAUGUCUACCCUACCAGCACUCAUCAAGAAGCAUUGAGAUGCAUUGCGAACGCGCUCCUACUAUUGCCCCAAACACGAAAAUUCUACAUCGAGCUUGACCUUGACAAGAAAUCAACCCAGAAGCUCCAGGAAGCAGAUGUUGAUGACGAGUUUCUGCUGGCAAGGAUCUUGUUCUUGCUAACCUACGACCCUAGCAUGAACCUUGAUGUCCUCAUCCUCGAGAAUGAUUUGGCCACCAGCAUCAUUAACCUGCUUUCUCGGCACGCUGCAAUUCUAUCCAUGACACCUAGGACGACUACCGCCACUCAAAGCAGUGACAUGGCACUACAAGAGACAUUGAAGCUGCUAUUCAACGUGACCAGCGCGAAAGGAGACCAGGUAUCCAGGUUCAGUUCAGCCGUGCCGCAUCUAAUUUUGAUACUCGGCUCAUUGCCAAUACUAAGCCCACCACUCCAGGCCCCCUUGAGUUUAACCCUCAAUGCACUUGCCAAUCUUGAGAUAGCCGAAGAAAACCUAGAUGACGAGGGGCAACUGCGACCGGUGGUGGACAAGCUUACUACGAUUCUGGAUCAAGCGGUGCAACGGUACUCUUCGAUAGAGUUAGAGACACUGGGUGUGCCAUUGAUAACGACAUUGAGGAAAAUCAACGAUAUAGCAAGUUUGGACUUGCGUGAAUGGAUGAAGUCGAAAUUCCUGCCGGAUGAUAAGGAAAGAGAUCAGCCACUUGGAAAAUCAUCUUCAUUGCCCUCACGCCUUCUACGACUGACUACCUCGUCAGGGUCAUUACAUUUGACGGAAGCUAUAUCUGGCUUGCAAUUUGAGCUUUCUAACAAGGAUGCAAACGAAUACGUCAAAAACGUUGGUUACGGAUACGCAGCCGGAUAUCUCAUGUCUCACAAGAUUCCUAUCCCCGAGAGCGACAGGGCAGAGGCAACCGAGGGAGCUUCCAGCAGUGUCCCUACCAACCCCAUCACUGGACAGCGACUUGAUAAGGAACCACUAAUUGAGGUUCCGAACAUGUCUCAGGAAGAAAGGGAACGAGAGGCUGAACGAUUGUUUGUGCUAUUCGAGAGGCUCAAGGCGACCGGGAUGGUCAAUGUCAAGAAUCCGGUCGAGGUAGCCAAGGAUGCGGGUAGAUUUGAAGAGCUCAGGGACUCAGAUACUGAGUAG